GAACUGAUUACAUUCGAUUACGGUUCGUGAAUUUGCAUCUUUGCGAUGUAAACACAAUUUAUAUUAAUAUAUAUUCAAGCAUACAGUAUGGAUGAAGAUAGUGUAAGGGACUAUUAUAAUAAGUAUAUGGGGGGUGUCGACCAUUUUGAUCAGUUUCAUUCUUACUACAAUGUGGCCUGGAAGUCCAGAAGAUGGUGGCUAAAAAUAUUUUAUUAUCUUCUAGAUGCUUCUAUAGUAAAUUCAUUUGUGCUAUAUCAAACUACUAGUAAUCUCCAUGAACCAAAAUCAUCAAAAUAUACACACCUAAAUUUCAGAUCAACAUUAGCAAAUCAAUUAAUUGGUGAUUAUUCUUCAAAAAAAAAACCGGGUAUUCAAAAGUCAAUGCAAAGAAAAUUGACAAAAAAAACUGGAAAAGUGAUUGUUGGCAACCAAUAUUACCUACAAAAUGUUGGUGAUCAUUUACCAACAAAAGGUACAUAUCGUCGCUGUGGAUAUUGUAGUACUAAAGAGACACAGAAACGUUCAAACAUUAUUUGCAAAAUGUGUGAUAUUGCACUUUGUUUAGAAUGUUUUGCACCCUUCCACAAGAACCCCUAAAACACUAUUUUGUUGUAUACAAUGCAUACCAUUUUAUUAAAAAUGUAGGCAUGUUUGA